ACACUAGAUAUCGAAGAUAUAAAUAUUAGCAUUCGUGCUGCAAUAUUUAUUGCUAAAAAUGCCACCGAUAAAUACAUUCGUGUUUUUCGAUUUUGGUACGCUGAGAAAUCAAGAUCUUGAUACGUGUGACAGUGUAACUGACUUGUGUCUCCAAGCUAUACCACGGCAGCAAUAUCUCGAGCCCACAAACACCAAUGCUCCGAGAAAUGGAAAAAUAUACUUGAAGUUUCCUACUCAUAGAAUCAGGAUCGAAGAUUUUAAUGUAAUUAACAACUUUAUAAACAAGCAGGAAAAGCCCGUGUGUCUCUUCGCGCAUAAUGGUAACAGGUUUGACUUCGCAAUCAUGAAGCGUCACUUCGAAAACAUAAAUGUGAGUUUAGCGGAUGACGUCUUAGUUGCAGACAGCAUGUAUGCAUUUUACGAUAUACUGGAAGACCGACGACAAGGAGAGGCUGUUAGAGAAAUUUAUUUCAAGGGGUAUCCUACACCAGCUGAUGCAUAUACACUUCAUGAUGUCUACAGGAGAGUGGUAACUUACCAUCCAGUGGCAGUAAAGCCGCACGUUACUGAAAACGAUGUUUACAUGCUCUUUAGAAUAUCACAUGCGUUGGGACAGCGAUUCUUGGAUUGGGCAGACAACGAACCAAGGCAACGUCGCUUUGCACAAGUUCAAAGUACAAGAUGUAAUGUACAAAAACCAUAAUUCCAUGGUAAUAAGUAUCAAAAUUCGAUGUCUUCUCUUAACUUUAUUUGACCGUAGUCCUGCUAAUGCCAACUAUAGAACCACAACCGGGAACCACUUACAUCGGUGUUAUAUUAACAGAAGCGUUUUUUCCAUCUUUCACUAUGGAAUACUGAUUUGAGGUAACUCAGUUGAUCUAAUAAGACUUCUGAGCCCAAAAACAAUGUGUCGGGUCUGUUGGAGCUUAUUAUCUAGACAGUUGUGUACCAUUAUUCAAAAACUAUAAUAUCUACUGCUACCAUGCCUGUAUAUUUAUAAAAAUUGUGUAUUAGUUUACAAAAAUCAAUACUUAUUUGACAAAAUAUAAUUAUAAGUAUUUAAUUAUAAUAUAGUAGCAUUCUUUUGAAUUUUCAGUAUGCUUAUUUGAGCGCUAUAUUCGAGACGAUAUAGUAUUUAAAAUUGAGGGUGAAUUCAUCGCACGGUUUGUUUUUUUUUUCUAACAAGUAAUUCGCUGCAUUUUUCUCACACAUGUGUAUUGAAUAAUAUAUCGGUAAGUAAUUGUAAUGCUAAACAUAUACAUAUUUAUAUUAUUAUGUUUGCGGCUUACUCACGUAACUGUUUAAUGAGAUACUCGCCUAGUUUCAAUCCCUGCUGAAGACCCAUACCUACUCAUGAGCACAUGAGACAUACAAAUAAUUUAAUAUGUCUCAGGGAAAGUUAUAAUAAAAAUAUUUCUAAGAAUAUAAUUAUAUAUUUUUGAAAGAGUAAUAAAAGAGUUUUAUACUCAUUCUUCUUCAUUCAAAUCUACUCUUUGGAACGAGCACCUAGCUUCACUAAUGAACUGACUGACUGACUAUAUUCUAUUUUUUUGAUGUUUCAAUGGUACUUGUUUAUGGUUUAGCAGGAAUAAAUGAUUUUGACUUUGGCUUUGUCUAUCUUUAUAAAUAUGAUAGUGUGCAUUAGAUAAUAACAUGGUUUUUUUUUUAUUAAACGGUUUCAUUUAGCUCA